AUGGAGAGACGAAUUAAGAUAAUCACUCUUAUGGUAUGGCUUUUGUUGAAGCUGAGUGCUUAUGCUUAUGCAGGUCCCAUCCCUGCUUGUCAUCUCGGGGCCGACCUUAGUUUCCGCUCCGAUCCUCCGCUCCGAUCCUCCGUCAUGCAUAUCCGGGCCGAUCCUCCACACUCGCUCCCAGAUAAGAAGAAGACAAGACAAUAA